UUUGGUAAAUAAAGCAAAGGGAAAUAACUCCAUAAAUGUCCCAAUUUGUAUAAUAUUUCUUUCAAGACGUGGAUUUAAAGACGAUUUUAAUCACAGUACUCAGCGAAGGUUUGAUUUUAGGGGUACAGGUGCCGACUUGAAAAUCCAAGAUGGAAAUGUGUGCAAUUGGUGUUAUGAAGUCUGUGUUUUUAUAUAAAAAUGGAACACCCAGACAAUCGUCUGUCUGUCAACAUGCCAGGGGCAGUAUUACUAUUGAUAAAUCAAUAUUUAACAAUCCAGAUCAUUCUCUCCAUGGUCUUGAGGAAUAUUCUCAUGUUUGGAUUAUGUUUAUAUUUCAUCAAAAUAACAACAAUCAUUUUAAAGCUAAAGUUCGACCACCACGUUUGGGUGGGAAACGACUAGGUGUUUUCUCCACACGAUCUCCAUACAGACCAAAUCCUAUUGGUUUAACUUUAGCUAAAUUAGACCGAGUAGAGGGAUCAACAGUGUAUGUAUCUGGUAUUGAUAUAUUGAAUGAAACACCUAUAAUAGAUAUAAAACCUUAUAUACCAGCCUAUGACCAGCCUGUCACCAGACCUGACAAUCAUUCUACCAACACUCAAUCACAAAACAUUGACACAGAAGAGACUGGAUAUCCUGAUGUUUCUGAAUUCCCGCAAAAUAGUGUCAAAAACUGUAUUUUCAAUUCUUUAAGCGUGGAUGAUAGAGACACUGACAAAUCGAAGGAAUUACAAAAAUUUGUCAAAAAUUCAAAAGUGAAUGCCUGUGAAAGUAAAUCACAACCAUUACAAGUUACUGGUGCUGUUGAUGCAUCAAGGGGGACAACUCUACAAAGUCAAAACUGUCCUAGUUUAUGUCCUGAAAGAAUCAUCUAUCCCGAAACACCUAACACUUGUGAAAACAAAGCAUCAUUACCUGUAACUGAAUGUGCUAAUGAUGCAUCAAGGGAGAUUACUUCAACAAUUCGAAAUGUUGCUACACCAUGGCACCAAACAGUUUCAGACAUUAAAACUAACUAUGAUGUUUCUUGUGGGGGAAGUGUUGCUCAAAAUGUUCUCAUAUCAAAUGAAAAAUCUUUAUGUAUUUGUGAAAACGAACAACAAAUUGAUUUUGAUGUGUUAAAGGAAGCUAUCCCUCGUGAAUCAACAGUCAAAACAGCUUCAUGGUUAGAAAAAGCUAAAGAUACUCAAUUGACUGUCAGAUUUACACAAAAUGCCAGGGAAGAGUUACUCAAUUUCUCUUCUGAAGCAUCUGAUGAUACCCAUAACUUAAAAUUCAUACUAAAUCCAAAAGAAUUAGAAGAGGCUGUUGUAGAAAUUUUAAGAGGGGAUCCCCGAUCUAUUUAUAGGAAGAAAUCAUGUGGGGAUUCCUUGUAUUAUUUUACUGUAGAUAUUGUUCAUGUGACAUGCUGGUUUGAUGAGAAUAUGGUGGAAGUUUUACGACUUAAACCCAUAAGUGAUGUCAAAUUUUUGAAUCCAAAUAACUGAUGUCAGACUUUUAAAUCAAAGUAACAUCACUUAAGGAUCUUUUUCUUCUUUUAUAUAUCUCUUGAUCUGACAUUAUUUGGUAAGAUGUUAAACACCAAUGAGGCAAUGAAGCAUGUUAGCAUAUCAGAAUAAAAUAAGAUUGGGA